AUGUUCCCUACUCAUGCACGAGCAAAAUCAGUAAAUUUAACAGAACAGCGAAUUAGCAAUAUUCCAUGCUUAUGCGCGCCUUCUGGUGUGUUUUGUGUCGCCUAUGAUGGUGACUUCGAUAUCAUAAAUAUUUGGGAAUAUCUCAUUGGUGGACAACCCACUGAAGAUCCUGGAUUCAUCGAAGCGAUGGGUUUCACCGGCAUGACCGAUGAGGUAGCAAUUGUAACAAAAGCAAAGGAGAAUAUCAUUUUUGCUAUGGCAACGUUAUCCAUGAAAGAUAGACAGAGGUUAUCAACAACAAAACGCGAGCUGGUACAUAAAUGCUCAUUCAACGGGAUUGCUUGCGACAUCGAUAAGUAUCGUCAAUACAUUCGAUAUUUGAAACAAUACAAUAAACAGAGGACUGGAAGCACUGUCCUGUCGCUUUGGUUUGAUGUGUCAAAAUUGUCCGAUGCCUAA